AUGGCAAUCUUCGAUUACACGAACAAAGUUGUUCUUCUAACCGGCAUCGGAGCCGUGGGAGAAGGCUACGGAAAUGGAUCUGCCAUGGCAGCAGCCAUGGCUCGUCAAGGAGCUACGGUCUAUGGCUGUGACAUCAAUCUAGCAGCAGCGAAUACGGCGGCCGAACAGAUCAUGAAAGAAGAAGAAGUCAAAUCGAGAGGGAACCAGGUGGAGGUUUUUCAACAACCGACUGACGUCACAAAGAAAGAUGCCUGCAAAGCUUUCGUCGAGGCAUGCCUGGCGAAACAUGGCAGGAUUGACGUUCUUGUCAACAAUGUUGGGAAAAGUGAGCCAGGUGGUCCUGCUGAGAUGACAGAGGAAGUGUGGGAUGCACAAAUGGACGUGAACUUGAAGAGUGUCUAUUUGAUGUGCAACCUAGUUCUUCCCAUCAUGGAGAAACAGAGCACCGGCGGCUGUGUUCUCAAUGUUGCCUCAAUCGCCGGGUUGAGAUAUAUUGGCAAACCUCAGGUGGCCUAUGCAGCCACCAAGGCUGCAGUCAUCCAUUUCACCAAGACGACUGCAGUCAUCUACGCACAACGGACAGGAGGCAAGGUCCGGUUGAACACCAUCGUCCCUGGGUUGAUCAACUCGCCGCUUGUUUCUGUUUUGGCAAACAAGUACGCUGGCGGCGAUCAGGAGGGAUAUCGAAAGGUCCGCGACAAGCAAUCGCCAACGGGAAAGAUGGGCUCCGUAUGGGACGUGGCUCACGGCGCGUUGUAUUUAUGCUCAUCGGAGGCUUCCUAUGUGACCGGCCAGGAGCUAGUUAUCGACGGCGGGGUAGUAGACAGCACUGGUCAUCCAUAA